UGAGCCUCCUCUGCAGUUUUUCAGGGGCUGUCAACAUGGAUGAAGACGUAACCUAUAAUAAAGUUGAGGAUGUGGUUGGAAGUCAUGUAGAAGAUGCAGUCACAUUUUGGGCACAGAGUAUCAAUAGAAAUCGUGAUAUUGUGAAGAUAGGUUGUGCUCUGGCUGAAGUUUGUCCCCAGUCCAAUGCAGUUUUUGGGAAUCCUGACCUAAACAAGAUUUAUGCUGGGUUGUUUUCUGAAGAUAAAUGCUGGUACAGAUGUAAAGUGCAGAAAGUCAUCAGCGAUGAAAAGUGUCUGGUAAGGUACGUUGACUAUGGAAAUACAGAGAUUCUGAAUCGCUCUGAAAUUGUUGAGAUUCCUUUGAAUCUACAGUUUCCUGAUGUGGCCAAAAAAUACAGACUCUGGGGACUACAGAUUCCUUCUGGACAAGAAGUUACUCAGUUUGACCAGGGCAGAUCAUUUUUGGGGAGCUUGAUUUUUGAAAAGGAAAUAAAAAUGCGACAUAAAGCGACAUAUCAGGACGGUACAAUUGUCGCUCAGGCUGAGUAUGGUAGUGUGGAUAUCGGGGAAGAAGUGGCCAAGAAAGGGUAUGCAGAGAAAUGCAAACUCCCUUCCAGCAAUAAUAUCUCUGAGGAGAAGAAAACAGACGCUGGUCAGCUUGGCCUUGGGAACCUCAAGAGCCCAAUUCCCCUUUGGGGGCAUAGGCCCAACCCCUCAGCCUUCACCAGGCCAAAGAGCCGCUUCAAUGGGAGAAUGGUUCCUGACCUAAAGGCGAAAACUCUUGUCACAUUCCCCAAGGAAAGGCUAGCUGUUGGUGACUUUAAUUUGGGAACAAACGUCAGCCUGGAAAAAAUCAAGCAGGACCAGAAGCUAAUUGAAGAGAAUGAAAAGCUUAAAGCAGAGAAGGAGGCCCUGCUUGAGAGUUACAGAGAGCUGGGGCUGAAGGUAGAGCAGUCAUCCCUGGAGCUGCAGCGAGCAAAAGCAACUUCCAUGGAACUGACUAAACACUUGGAAAACACCCUGCAUACCCAUGUAGGGACGAGAAUGAAGAGUCUCGCUUCAAAGGUUGAGAUAUUGAAAGAAGUUAGGAGAUCGAACAUCAAUGUGCGUUGUGGAGAUGAUCUCUCUGAUGCUGUCAAAGUGGUGGCUGAAGGUCACCUGGUUACUCCAUCUUCCCUAGAUGAGCUGGAGAAGAUCUGGGAGGAGUACAGCUUGGCUCAAGAGAAGAUUCAGAUGUGUCAAAAUGUGCAUGAAGGUGAUAUCUUGAUAGCCAAGAGAAAUGAGGUCCGACAGAAGCUAUAUACAGCUGUUGAAGUUUUCAUUGUGGAAGUGGAUGAAUUAUCCCUUAACAAGCGCUUGAAAACUUUGCAGGAAUUGUCUGCUUCUUUAGAGGCUGUGUAUGGGCAGACCAGAGAAGUGACAAAUGCUGACGAAAUCCUGCAAAAGUUUUAUAAGUGGAAACAUGGCAAACGUGAGGAAUUUAACCGAGUCAGGACAGAGACAGAUGCUUCCCUACAGCUUCUCGCUGAGUGGUUCAGUUCCACUAUAAAGUUCUUUGAUCUAAAUGAUGAAGAAUCUCUGAGUUCUGAAGAAGUAAUUGGCAACGUUGAUGAAAUACUGGAGAAGAUUGAGUCUGAUGUUUGCAAAGAGCUGGAGAUCUCUCUCGUUGAACAGGGCGACACAGACAAAGAGAUCAUCCUGAACACCUAUAACGAAGUCCUGCAAAAGAUUCGUUCAGAGGAGAGGCUCAUCACAAUAGUACAAGCGAAGUACAAGGCCAGUAUCGAGUUUAAGAAGCAGAUUAUGGAAUGGUUAAAUAAAAGCCCCAAUGUGGACCAUUUGCUUUCUAUUAAGAAGACUCUCAAAGGCUUAAAAGCACAACUGAGAUGGAAACUAGUUGAAAAGAACAACUUGGAAGAGGCUGAUGACUAUGAUGAAUCUGAAAUUGAAAAAAUAAAAGAAGAAAUAAGUCAGUUGCGUCAUCUCGUCUUUGAGAAAAUUUACCAUGAGCAGGAGGAAUAUGAGAAGCUAACUAGUUUGGUGCAGAAGUGGUUCCCUGAGCUACCUCUUCUUCACCCAGAAGCAGGAAUACUUAAAUACAUGAACUCUGGAGGAAUUUUCACUGUUAGCCUGGAACGGGACCUUUUGGAUGCUGAGCCCAUGAAGGAGCUUAGCAGCAAGCGUCCUCUGGUGUGUUCUGAAGUGGACGGGCAGAAGGUUCUUCUGAAGGGCUAUUCGGUUGAUACGGACACAGAGGCCACAGUGAUCCAGAGAGCGGCCCAGUACCACAAGGCUUGGAGAGAGUCUAAGGAAGAGUCGGGAUUGUUACCCUUGAUGUUCCUCUUUCUGUGUAAGUCUGACCCUUUGGCUUAUCUGAUGGUCCCCUAUUACCCUAGGGCAAGUCUGGGUGCUGUUCAGGCCAGCACACCUUUGUCCGCAGAAGAAGCUUUAAAGGUCAUGAAGGGUGCUGCACAUGGCCUUCAUACUUUGCAUAAAGCUAACAUCAUCCAUGGAUCGCUGCAUCAUAACAACAUAUUUGUUUUGAACCGAGAACGAGGAAUUGUGGGAGAUUUUGACUUCACCAAAUCUGUGAGCCAGCGUGCCACUAUGAAUUCCGUGGUAAUUGGUGGCUUGAACCUAAUGUCGCCGGAAUUGAAACUGGGGCAGCCAGCUUCUCCAUCUUCAGACUUGUAUGCUUAUGGCUGUCUUUUGUUGUGGCUUUGUGUGCAGAAUCAAGAAUUUGAAAUAAAUGAGGAUGGACUUCCUGAAGUAGAUGGACUACACCUGGAUGAUGAUGUCAAGACCCUGCUAUCCAGUUUAAUCUACUGUAGAAAUUCAAUGACCGCUGAGCAGGUCUUGAAUGCUGAGUGUUUCUUACUGCCGAAGAUAACAUUAUUUGCAUACCCAGAAAAAGAUUCUGAAUAUGAAGAGAAGGGAGCACUUGAGCAGGAGAAUGUGGAUAUGUAUGAUGAAAAGGCCAGAAACAGUGAAGACAACUUUGACCAGUAAAACAGUUUUUCCUUUUGCUUCUCAGAGUUUACUUUUUUCAUUUGUUUAGUUUGAAUUAAAGGAACUAAAAAGUUAACAGUUACACCUAUGUAAUUCUGGAAG